AUGAGCAGACGCUUUGCCUGGAGGACACAGUACCCUCGGCUACUCGGCCGUGGAAUUCCUCCCAAGGCAAACGCCCGUCUCGACGACGUCGACAACUCCCCGGCGUGGGCGGGGUCGAGUCGAGUUUUUCCUGAUCUGCUCGAGAGCAUGAGCUCUGCCCGGGUGGAACUUUCGUCGACCAGCGUCGCUGUCGGAGCGAUCAUCGUCAAGAAGGAGGAACCGUCCAGCACCACUGGUCCUACACAUGCCGAAGGAGAAGAGAAUCAGCCUCAGAUAGAAGUAAUACCUUGUAAGGUAUGCGGUGACAAAUCAUCCGGUGUUCACUAUGGUGUAAUUACGUGCGAGGGAUGCAAAGGAUUUUUUCGAAGGAGUCAGUCAUCGGUCACGAAUUACCAAUGUCCGCGGCAGAAAAACUGUACAGUCGAUAGGGUGAAUCGCAAUCGCUGUCAAUACUGUCGAUUGAAAAAGUGUAUGGAAUUGGGUAUGAGCAGAGACGCCGUGAAAUUUGGACGGAUGAGCAAAAAACAACGAGAGAAGGUGCGGUUACAUAAACAAAUGCAAGAAGCCACUGGUAUACCUUACAUGUAUGGAGAGUACUCUCCUCCAUCACAACAGUCGAGCUACGUUGCUCCUGGGUACGAAACCGGUUUGUAUCCACACUACGCUCAAGGAGCAUAUGCUCAUGCUGUGGCCGCUGCACCCAUCAGUUAUCCAUCGCAUUCCUACGGCGUCGCACAACAAGGUACUGUCCCAGCCAGCAACGGUGGUUUUCCAUCACCGCAGCUCUCCUCGGCAGCUGAGGAGGAUACGGCGGCAAAAAUCGUGGCUGCCUUCGAAACUACGCAUACACAAAUGCGAAACUUGAAUCCAAAUCCGACGAUUGUGGACGUGAACAGAUUUGCCUCAAUAGACUUCCCAAAUCGAGUGGGUAUUUGGCGGCAAUUUGCUGCUGAUCUCACCACUGUCAUACAGGCCAUUAUCGAAUUUGCGAAAAUGAUUGAUGGGUUCAUGCGACUCGGACAAGAAGAACAGAUUCAUUUGUUGAAAGGUGGUGUUUUUGAACUGGCGAUUGUCGAGCUAUCAUCUCGCUAUUCGCCCGAAACUCAAACGUUAUCUAUGGAUAACAUUGUCCUGCCAUUACACAAUCUCAACAUCACAGAUCAGAUCGAGGUCCGUUUCGUGCAGGAAUUCCACCAGUGUCUGCACGAUUUGGCAGUGUGCCAGUUGACCUCAUCCGAGGUUGCUUUGCUUUGCGCAGUUUUGCUUCUGGAACCAGCAUCUACUGAACAAGCCACUUGCGAACGUCUUCGCACCGUUCUGGCGCAGUCGUUGGCUGCCCGAGUCGGUGGUGACGCUCAAAGGGUCUGGGAUACGUUACCCAGAAUUCGAACGUGUCUUCCAACAUUCCAUGAAGAGCGUGCGUCGUUGACCGUUAGCACUGCCCGGAACCUAUGCACUGUCUUCUUCUUCUUCAAGAUAUCGAUUGUGUUGGCAUUUACGCCAUUUACACGGGUUGCUGUUACUUAG